AUGUAUCACCUUGAUGAAGCGACGGCAUUGAGCGUGGGCAAGUCCGUGCUGAAUGGAGCGGUUAGCUACGCCAAGUCCACCAUCGCGCAGGAGGUGGCUUUGCAGCUGGGUGGCCAGCGUGAUCAGGCUUUCAUCAGGGAUGAGCUGGAGAUCAAGAUGAUGCUCGUUUUCUUGAUGGCUGCGCACGAGGAGCGAGAUGAGCACAAGGUGGUCAAGACCUGGGUGAAGCAGGUUCGCAAUGUGUCAUAUGAUGUUGAAGACUGCCUUCAAGAUCUAGCUGUUCGACUUGGGAAGCCAUCUUGGUGGUUCUUCCUCCAAACACUGAUUGAUCGGCACCGAGUGGCCACACGGAUGAAGGAACUUAGAGCCAAGGUUGAGGAUGUUAGCCAGAGGAACAUACGGUACCGUCUCAUCAAGGGCACUACUGGCCCCAAGCCUGCAACUGGUGCUGGGCCAUCAAGCACUUCUGAUGCAACAAUGUUUGGCAUUGAGGAAGCAAGGAGGCAGAAGGACAAAGCAAAAGUCGACGAAAAAAAAGUCGACCUGUCCCAACUGAUCAACGAUGGUAAUGAGAAUCUUACAGUGAUAGCCGUGUGGGGAACAGGUGGUGUUCUUGGUCAGACCGUCGUCAUCAAAGGAGAGUAUGACAAUCUUAAGAGAAGCAAGAAGUUCGAGCUCUACGCUUGGAUCAGGAUUAUGCAUCCUUUCAAUCCACUGGAGUUCCUGCAUUGCAUUAUGAGGCAGUUCUAUGAAACUUCUUUUGAACAAGUGAAGAAGACACAAGAAAAGGCAAACAUCGGAGCUCAAAUGGGGGCCAUGAAGCAAGAUGAGUUGCUUGAUGCAUUUACUGAGCAUGUGAAUGAGAAGAGCUAUCUGAUUGUGCUUGAUGACCUGUCCACCAUUGACGAGUGGGAUGCGAUUAAGGAAUAUUUUCCAAACAACAAGAAAGGACGAUAA